GUCAGCACAAAAAAGCUAACAUGUGCCUGUGGGUGCUAUUGAUGGUUCCACUUAUGGCCCUCGUACAGGCCUCAAAUCGUUUUUUGGAGCCCGAGUUUAAAACUGCUAAUUUUGCAAAGGCGAUAAACGAUCAAAAACUCGACGGGAGUGUCCUUAGAGACUUUGAAGUGGCGUCUGAAAUCUCUUGUCUGUUUGAAUGUAUCUCUGAAGACCGAUGCUUUUCAUACAACUUCCUUCCCAUCGAUGGUAAGGCUGCAAACAGAUGCCAGCUAAGUGGUUCGGACCGAUUCGUGAGUUAUGGGAAUUUUAUAAAAGAGGAUGGAGCAUUAUAUCGAGGAAUACAGAGCACCUGCGAGAAAGAUGAUCCUUGUAAGGAGAAUGAAACAUGUGUGGUUGACUACAAAUUAGACACUCACUUCUGUAGGUGUAUUAGAGACUGCCCCAAGAACUGUCUUGACUAUUACCAAAAUGGUUCCACAACUGACGGUGUUUACUGGAUUUACCCUGAUGAAGAAGAACCUUUCCAAGUGUUGUGUGACAUGACAACUGAUGGCGGAGGCUGGACCACUUUUCAAAGACGCAUGGAUGGCUCUGUAGACUUUUAUGUUGACUGGGAAUCAUACAAAAAAGGCUUUGGAAAUCUGAAGGGCGAGUUUUGGCUUGGGAAUGAUUUUCUUCACCGUCUGACUGCAUCAGCCAACAUGAUGUUUCGAAUUGAUAUGGAGGAUUACAAAGGUGACCGAAGAUUUGCCGAGUACACGACUUUCUCUGUGGCCGACGAAAGCAAUUAUUAUCGGUUGACAAUCGCUGGAUACCGAGGGACCGCUGGCGACUCAUUGCUAUCGCUCACGAAGCCUAUCAGAAAUAUGAGGUUUACAACCAAAGACAGAGAUAACGACGUUCAUAGCAGUGGAAACUGUGCAUUAAACUUCAAUGGGGGCUGGUGGUAUCAUGUUUGCCAUAACGCCAAUCCAAAUGGUUUGUAUCGAGGCGGAGGUUACGCACAAGGAAUUACAUGGCAAUCAUUUCGAGGACAAGAUUAUUCGUUAAAGCGCACCGAGAUUAAAAUUCGACCAGCAUAAUUUCGUCCGUAAAAAUUGCCCCUUUAAAGCAACAGGAAACCUGUUUAUGGUGAUAAACUUCAAUUUUUUUGGUGUAAUAAUUUUAUUGAUCUAGUUUGUAUCUGUCUCUUAUUUAUUUCUCCACUUCACCUAGCAGCAAGUCAAGUUAAAUAAUACUGAACAACGUAAUAACUACCGUCAAUGCAAUUCUAUUUCUCUACGUUCAAAUGUGAGAUAGGAGAGGAGAGAACACUUCUAGAUACCUAAUACAGUGCCCCUUAAUUAACAAAUAAAGGAGCCUUGAAUGUGCUCUAUCCUGUUGCAAUGAAGAACGCUGGAAGGGGCUAGAGCACGAAAGAAGUGUAGGGAGAAAGAGGAGAGGUACGUCGAGUUUUCCUCCCCACUACUUUUUUUUGCGUUUUUAUGGACCAAGACGAAGUCGAGGUCUAUAAAAACACGGAAAAAAAACGAGGCCAAUAUCCAGCUCGUUUAAUUUUUUCUUUCUUUUGACUGACUUCUAACGAUUUUUACGACUGCGUCGCCGACAUUGCCUAAAUGUUACGACCUUUGUAGGUCCGCUCCACGCACUUUCUCUCUUGCGCGGGAUCAAAACGGACAAUCUCGAGCAAGUAAGAUGGGCCCAUCUUGCCCCUUCGGGUCGCCAAUCAGAACACUGGAUUCGCUUCAUCCUACCCACAGGCGCAGACAGCUAUAUAAUUAAAAAAAGUUAUUCACUUAGCUAGACUUAACCAAAACAGCUUACCUGAGAGAGAAAGACAGAAGAUGAAGCACAUAAAUAGUUAAUAUUUAUUCAGAUAGUAGUACGAAAGUGCUUUUUUAAACAUUAAUUUUGUUUAGUUGGUUUUUCUCCAAUAGGUUGAGAAAUAUCGUUUCAGAUAUGCCUACCGAUAAUUGUUGGACAAAAUUUCCUGAGAAGGAAUUGAUUGACAGAAGGUUGUGGGAUACACCUCGAAUGUCAUAAUCAUGCAGUUCGGACAUUAACGAGAGAUUUAAGUUGAAAUAUUUCUCAGUAGUAGAAUAGUCAUAAAGAAGUAAAGAGGUCUUAAGUUUGACGAUGUUAGGAACUUUAAAAAGUCUAAAGGCAGUAUGGCGAGGAGUAAUCGGUUCCUUUAGAGGAACGUCAUUGAUAAUGUGAACCGCUUUGUU